GAUUUUCACAGACAUUCACUUCACUUAUUUCUUUUUACUCAGGCUGGUAAAUAGAAAAAAAUAUGGGAAAAAGAGAUACUGGAUAGUUUCAGCAGUGAACAUCAGCCCUAGCCUAGGAUUUAUGUUUUCACAAAGAGAUGUCUCAUGCACAGUCCUAAACAAGACAAGUGUUGCAGUGUGUGAGCAAGGGAUUCAGAGCUGGGAGAUUAAUGCAAGUCAUCUAGCCCAUCCUCUCAUGUUACAGACCGGGAUACUGAAAUCAGAGACUUGCUUGCAAACAUUCAGUUUGCUGGUGGUAGAACUGAGUCCAAAAUCCAGGUCUCUUUACUGCCACUUCUAUGAAUUCCCACUAUACCAUCAAGCUUUGUUAGUUUAGCUUUUUUGUAAAUCAGCCUGUUUCCAGUCUCUAAAAGGUAAAAAGUCAGGGAAAAGCCUAUAGUUCUUUAGAAUCCUGGGCUCCAGGACAAAGGAGAGUGUGGAGAGGUAAAGGGUAGAAGAACAAGGAAUUCUUUCUUCAUUGGUGGGGAAUUUACUCGAAUAGUUCCCAGUAUUUCCAAGAAUGAGAACCCCUUUAGUGAUGAAAUUACCAUAUAGUAAUAUUUUUACUUUCAUAUGUGAAUAUUUACUCUACAUUUAAUGCAUGAUAGACAUAACAAGUCACCAAAAUGGUGAGGAAAAAAAAAAAGACGCCAGCAAUCCACAACCACAGGGGGGAAUUGCUCCUCUUCUUACAUUCAAAGCAGAGAUUGGAUUGUGAAACUUCUCCUGAAAAUCCAGAUAAUUUGACUCCUUGAAAAAGUUAUUCAUUCAAUCAAAGGCCACGUGUCAUCCUAUGUCCACCCAAAGCACCCAGAAGCUACAUGCUCAUGAGGGGAUUUUUCAGAGUCUCUGACCAAAGGUACCUCAUUGAACCAGUGAAAUACUCGGAUGAGGGAGAACAUUUGGUGUUUAAAUAUAACCCGAGGUUGCCAUAUGCCACCAAUUACUCUUGUACAGAGCGUAACUUCACCAGGAAAACUGUUUCAAGCGAUACUAUAUCUAAAGAAGACUCCCAAACAAAAAACAUCCAUAAUGAAAAGUAUGUUGAACUGUUCGUUGUUGCCGAUGAUAGCGUGUAUCGUAGGAAUAAUCAUCCUUACAAUAAACUAAGGAACAGAAUUUGGGGAAUGGUCAAUUUUGUCAACAUGAUUUAUAAAACCUUGAACAUCCAUGUGACGUUGGUUGGCCUUGAAAUGUGGACAAAUGGAGAUAAGAUAGAAUUAGAUUCAAACAUAGAAACUACCUUACUGCGUUUUUCAACUUGGCAAGAAAGAGUCCUUAAAACAAGGAAGGAUUUUGAUCAUGUUUUAUUGCUCAGUGGGAAGUGGCUCUACACACAUGCGCAAGGAAUUUCUUAUCCAGGGGGUAUGUGCCUGCCCUAUUAUUCCUCCAGUGUCAUUAAGGAUCUUUUACCUGACAUAAAUAUAGUUGCAAAUAGAAUAGCACAUCAGUUGGGGCAUAACCUUGGGAUGCAGCAUGACGAGUUCCUGUGCACCUGUCCUUCCGGAAAAUGCGUGAUGGAUACUAGCGGAAGCAUUCCUGCACUAAAAUUCAGUAAAUGCAGCCACAACCAAUACCAGCAAUACCUGAAGGAUUACAAGCCAGAGUGCAUGCUCAAUGUUCCAUUUCCUGCCAAGUUCGAUGAUUUCCAAUAUUGUGGAAACAAAAAGUUGGAUGAGGGAGAAGAGUGUGACUGUGGCCCUGUUCAGGAGUGUACUAAUCCUUGCUGUGAUGCACACAAAUGUGUAUUGAAGCCAGGAUUUACUUGUGCAGAAGGAGAAUGCUGUGAAUUUUGUCAGAUUAAAGAAGCAGGGUCCACAUGCAGACCAGCAAAAGAUGAAUGUGACUUCCCUGAGGUGUGCACUGGCCACUCUCCUGCAUGUCCUAAGGACCAAUUCCAAGUCAAUGGAUUUCCUUGCAAGAAUGAGGAAGGCUACUGCUUCAUGGGGAAAUGUCCUACCCGGGAUGAUCAGUGCUCUGAACUGUUUGCUGAUGGGGCAAAAGGGAGUCACGAUGUGUGCUACAAGAUGAAUAAAGAAGGAAAUAAAUUUGGGUACUGCAAAAACCAGGAAAACAGAUUCAUUCCCUGUGAAGAGAAAGAUGUCACAUGUGGAAAGCUGUACUGUAGCGGAGGACAUCACUCAUCUCUCUUUGGAGAAGACAAGACCUAUCACCUCAGUGAUCCAAAGUGGAACCCCCAGAAUGGCACCGUCAAAUGCAAAACCACGUUUUUAUACCACGAUGCUAAAGAUGUUGGCCUGGUUGCCUUUGGAACAAAAUGCGGAGAUGGAAUGGUGUGCAGCAAUGGUGAAUGCGUGAACAGUGAAAACGUUUACAGUUCAACAAAUUGCCGCUCUCAGUGUGGUGAAAAUGAUGGGGAUGGCCAUGAACUCCAGUGCCACUGUGAGGAAGGACAGACAUCUGUAGACUGGGAAGAAACCUUAAAUGUUACCAAUAUCGCCAUCUUGGUGGUUGUGUUUGUCCUGGUUGUUACAGGCAUUGGAGUUGUCACAUUAUUAAUUCGUUACCAAAAAUGUAUUAAGUUGAAGCAAGUUCAGAGCCCAGCUAGGGAAACCCUGGGCGUGGAGAAUAAAGGAUACUUUGCUGAUGAGCCGCAGACAAGGACUGAGCCAGUCUUGCCAGAUAUUCAUCCUCUGCAUCAGAGAACUGCUGAGUCCUUGGAGAAACUUCCAACCAGUUUUUCAAGUCCCCACUACAUCACACUGAAACCUGCAAGUAAAGAUUCAAGAGGAAUUACAGAUGCCAAUCAAAGUGCCAAAGUGUUUCUUCAGCUGAGCAGGUUCUGGGUUCGUAUGAAGCUUCCCUCCACAGAGUGUUCCUAUAAAAACUCCUGCCCGAUACAGACACGCUGCCUCUGCUGGGUCACAUGAAGCAGGACAUUUUCUAAUGAUCCUUCUACUCCAUGUGACAAGUCUGUCCCAGAGAAAGUAGAGACACUCCUGAGUGCCAGCAAGGUGUUUGGCAUCCUGUAGUGGAAAAGAAAAUUAUUUCCUUUUUUCCCACGUUAGACCUGUUUAUUUUAUAACUGCUUCAUUAGCAUGGCUAAGGAAAUCAAGAAAAGGGUGAAGAAGUGUAGUACAACAGAAUCCAGAAAGGUUAUUCUAAUUAAUGGAUAUAAAUGAGGAACUGAAAUACAUGUUUACAGAUUUUAUGGGAAACAACUUAUUUUUAACCAUCUGUUUCUAUUUAGAGCUUGAAAUUGGAUAUCCAAAAUGGCUGUGCAAGGCUAGGUUGAGUCCGGAUGCAAGAGCUUCACAACCGUCCCUAGAUAUUUGCUUUACAGAGUUCUGGUAGUUUCUCAAAUGUUCUUUAUCCAGACAGAAAUGACAACUUUCUGUGAAUAUUUACCUGCAGAAUUUACAACCUGUAGCAUAUGCAUGUACUACAGAAAGAAAAGUUCUUAUGGUUUUUCAAAUGCUUCUUAGCUUAAUAUGAAAAUAAACGAGUCUCCUUGCUCUAGUAUUUUCCUACAAAAUGUUACUCUAGUUUCUUUUAAAGGAGUCAAAACUUUGAUGAUGGUAACAUAAUUUAAGAAGCAAACAUCACUUCUUUACUUCUUUGGAAACACAAAAGUACUUAUUUUAAUUUGAACACGGUGUCACUACCACUAAUUGUAGUGUAAAUGAAAUUCUGUCCUGCAAAAAUGCCAAGAAAGGCAGGGCAGAGUGGCAUCGAUUCCACUCAUUAAUUAAAAAAGUGAAGAAGGCAGAAGAAUAGUCACCUAACUACAGAAUAGUUCUAAAAUCUUAGUGGUAGCAAAAAAGCAGGACACAACAUGCUCUUAGCAAUUCUAAAUUCCUAGGUCUGCUUCUCUAGAAUUCUGUAAGAAGUUAACAGAGAAGUUAGAGGGUUACAAGAAUUUCAAAAAAAUGACUCCAACUGAGAGGGACAUACUCCUAGCUCCUAGGAAGGGUUUUCAAGAUCCUCAUACUCUAUGGAUCUCAGCAUUUGAUGGGCAAUUUCUGUGCCGUCUCUGCCCUUUCCCUGUUGGUUUGUCAUGGUGUAUGGGGAUGGCCUGAGAAUGAUUUCAGCUGUUUCUUAUACAGAUGUUUCUCAAUUCUUCUCUUGUCAUCUCUAUUUUUUAUCUUGUGAACUGUUAAAGCUACAUGCAAUUUUUUUUCAUUCGUUGAAAUAAAGUCUUCAAGUGCUAAUUGAAAAUGUUCUGACUCAAUGAAAUAAAGGCUGCAGCUGAAGGCAGGAAA